CACAGUUUCUUGAAUGGGUGAUGAGCCUGAGUAUGAAGACAUAUUGUAUUUUGGUUGAUAUAUUUUACUUAUAACAAACAAGUGUUUUUCAACAAAAAAUAAAAAACCCUGGAGCGGAACGCCUCCACGGAGCUACACGCCGACCGGACCUACAUUUCACACGGACCAAAACAUUUCCCCGAAGUUGACGUGGAGGUGUUUGUGUGCACAAUGGGCGACACUAAGGUAGAAAUGUCAUCUGAGAGCUGCACUGUGAUACAGAACCAAAACGCACAACCUCAACCCAACAACCCGUUGUCAAGGAAACUUAAUAAAAUACUGGAGACGAGGCUUGACAACGACAAGGAGAUGCUGGAGGCUCUGAAGGCGCUCUCUGUGUUCUUCACUGAGAACAGUUUGCGCACCAGGAGAAAUCUUCGUGGCGACAUUGAGAAACGAAGCCUGAACAUCAACGAGGAGUUUGCACGGAUAUUCAAGGAAGUAAAAGAGGAGCUUGAAAGUGUUCACGAGGACGUCCAGGCCAUGAGCACAUGUUGUGAAGAAAUGACCAAUACAUUAAAGGCUGCGAAGGAGCAAACUCAAGACCUUAUAGUAAAAACCAACAAGCUGCAGGGAGAAAAUCACCGCCUGGAAGUGAGAGCUCAGGUUGCUCAGGCUUUCCUGGCCAAGUUCCAGCUGUCUAAUGAAGAGAUGGCCACGCUGCGAGGUGCUCGGGAUGCAGCCAUUACUGAGGAUUUCUUCAAAGCUCUCAGCCGAGUGAAGCACAUCCAUGAAGAUGUGAAAAUCCUCUUGCGAACCAACCAGCAAACUGCAGGGUUAGAGAUCAUGGAGCAGAUGGCCGUGUUACAGGAGACAUCAUAUGAGCAGCUCUACCGCUGGGCUCAGAAUGAAUGCAGAGGAGUCACCCAAGAGAGCUGUGAUAUCAGCCCUGUGUUGACUCAAGCCAUGGAAGCCUUGCAGGACCGACCUGUCCUUUACAAGUACACUCUGGAUGAGUUUGGGACUGCACGCAGGUGUGCGGUGGUACGAGGCUUCAUCGAUGCCCUCACCCGCGGUGGGCCAGGAGGAACUCCCCGUCCCAUAGAGAUGCAUUCACAUGACCCUAUGAGGUAUGUUGGGGACAUGCUGGCCUGGCUGCACCAAGCUACCGCCUCAGAGAAAGAGCAUCUAGAAGCUCUCCUGAAACAAGUAACUCUGCAAGGUGUGGAGGAGAACAUGCAGGAGGUAGUUGGACAUAUCACUGAGGGAGUCUGCAGGCCACUAAAAGUUCGGAUAGAACAGGUCAUUGUGGCUGAGCCAGGUGCUGUCCUCCUUUACAAGCUGUCCAACCUUCUGAAGUUCUACCACCACACCAUCAGCUCUAUCAUUGGGACCAGUGUGGCCUCGUUGCUCAUGACUAUGGAAGAAAUGCACAUCCUCAGCAAAAAGAUGUUCUUCAAUAGCCUGAGCCUUCAUGCAAGCAGACUCAUGGACAAGGUGGAGCUGCCACCUGCAGAUCUGGGACCUACAGCCUCCCUCACUCAGACCCUCUCCCUCCUCAGGGAGGUGCUAGCCUCCCACGACUCAUCAGUUGUUCCUCUGGAUGCCCGACAGGCUGACUUUGCUCAGGUGCUUUCUUGCAUCUUGGAUCCCCUCCUCCAAUUGUGUACUGUGUCAGCCAGUAAUCUUGGCACUGCUGACAUGGCAACGUACAUGGUCAACUCGCUGUAUGUCAUGAAGACCACGCUGGCUCUCUUUGAGUUCACUGACAAGAGGCUCGAGAUGCUCGAGUUCCAGAUCGAGGCUCACCUUGACACUCUGAUCAACGAGCAGGCGUCCUACGUGCUGACCAGAGUUGGACUGAGUUACAUCUAUAGCUGUGUCCAGCAGCACAGUGCUGAACAGGGUCCCCUGUCCCUACUGCCAAGCAUGGACAGCUCUUCUGUGAAAGCAGCGAUGGUCCAGUUUGAUCGUUACUUGUCGUCACCUGACACUCUUGUGAUGCCACAGCUCAACUUCCUGCUCAGUGCAGCCAUCAAGGAGCAGAUUUUCCGUCAGUCGACAGAGCUGGUGUGCAGAGCCUAUGGGGAGGUUUACACAGCGCUGACCAGUCCAGCUAACGGCUACAAAGACCCAGAGAACCUCGUACCCAGAUCACCUAAACAGGUUCAGACCUUGCUGUCCUGAGAAACACUCAUGCCUGCAGGUUAUUUAAAGAGCUGUGUAAUUUGUAUGGUAUAAUGAUAUAAAUGUAUAUAAAAGUAGUUGUUAAGGUGGGGUUCUUUGUGGGAAAUAUGGCAUGUGGGUCACUGACCUCAGAGAGAGACACUCCUGUGUGCAAGUAGGAAGGAACAUUAUAUGUAUAUGAUCCAUUUACUUUCACUGCUGCAGGCAUUGCCUUGUUUUUCUCUGUGUAAAGCACAUAUGUCUUGUUCUUUCUGUCUGUUUCCACUCGGUGUACUCUGUUUGGGGUACAUAAUUGUACAAAGUAAUGCCUUUUUAUUGAAAAUAUUGAUUAUAUAAAACAAAAGGAUAGACCGAU